ACCAAGUCAGCUUUUUUGGUUUGCUUAUCGUCAUUUCGGUUCAGUUUCCAUAUCACUAUUCGUUUUGCUUCAAAUUUUUGUUCCUUCUUCUCGUCGCCGUCGAAGUCAUCGUCGUUGUGAUAAAAAAAAUAAAUAAAUACACAACAAAAUCGACGUUGAAAGACAAUUUACUGUGCUGUGUUUCCACGUAUCAUCAUCAUACACAACGAAAAGUACAAGGACGUCGUGUGCCGAAUGUGUGUGGCUGAACGACUUUUCCUGAUGAUAGCAGUUUUAGUUGAUAGUUAAAGAUGAUUGAAACAAGUUUGAAACUAUAUUAGAAACCCCAGCAAAGUCAAUCGCAAAAUUAUCAACAGCAGCACACAAGUGAUUUUCGCUAGUGAUGUUUACAUUGACACUCGCGCCUCAUCUCAAAUUUUCUCAUCGACAGCGUUUCUACGUAUCAUCAUCAUCAUCGCAUUGAAAUUCAUUCAAAGUGAUUGUUUGUGUUUCAUUGUAAAAAAGUCACCAAUCUUUAAUGAGAACUGAACGCUGUGAGCUGUGUGUUUUGUUUACCGAUUGCGCUUGAUUGCUGUGUCGACGCGUGUGUGUGUGUGUUGUUCGUAGCAUUUGAAUAUUUUCAUUUGCUACUGCCAUGUUCACCACAGCUCCGUCUCUUUCGAUUUUAAUUUGUGUAUUUCUGCUGAGCUCAUAUCAUUCGCUUCCAUCUUCAAUUGAUUCGGAAUAGUACGGAUCUGCAAGCGAAUAGAGAAACAUCAAGAUAAAAACAAAAUAUUGAGAUAGUGGAUAAAACAAAAGAGGAAGGCGAAAACAGAGUGUCUACGUGAGUGAGUCAAGCAGGCAGGCAGGCAGAUAGAGAGUUGAUAAAAUUAAUACGCGGUCGUUUUGUGACAAAGGCCCGAACAAUAGGCACAGUCACCAAAGAAUAGAGAACGAAUCAAACAAAACGAAACAGGGCUGAACGAAAAAAAAAUGGUGGAACUUUUAGAUAAAGUAUGAAUGCAAAAGCUUUUUAUCGAUUGGCGCAUUUUCAGCAGUAAUAUGCUCUCUAUCUCACAGCUCAUGGUAAUAAAAUGGGCACUAAAAUGGACGUAGCUCAACUAUUGAAAGCAAAAAUAGCAACAGCAGCACCAACAAUAACAGCAACAGCUUAAUUUAAUUGCAAUCAAAAUAAAACAACAGCAACAACAACAGAAAAAAUAAUAAAAAUAUAUUUGUAUACACAAGCAAAACGAGCGUGUUAAAUGAUAAAGGCGCGCGCGAUGAGCUUCCACCAAUUAGAGCUUGCAUAGUUCUUUCAAUCGCUCGGCGAAUCCCAGCUGACUCUAUAUGCAUGUGUUUUAAGUGCAAGCAGUGUGUUUCGGUGUUCAUUCGAAGUGUGUUGUGUUCGGUUGAGUUCAGUUGUUCGUUUUGAUUCCCACAACAAAACGUAUUGCGUUGUGUUGGCCUGCUCACCACAAUUUGAAACACAACAAACACACACACACACACACACGGCAAAUUUAGUGUUUUGCCGUGUUUUUUGCCAUUGUUUUGUGAAUGAAAACCGUCAAAUAGAAAAUUCGCAACCAUGAUGGACUGGGGCAUUCGUCGGUCCAUCAUGUUUCAUGUGCGACGCCGACCAGCUGAUUCACAGCCACGACGACGGAAGAAAAAACCGCUUGGCGUGUCGAAUGGUGGCAAUCAUAUAACGCCGGACCGAGAAGGGCCCGUUCUAGUGGAAAUAACUCACAGCGGUGAAGGUGGCCGUCAUGUCAAACUCACCGCCGAACCGAUUGAAGUUGGCUCGGCAAACACAAACCAGUUGCAAUUAUUUGGACCAUCGAUUCAGCCGAGACAUUGUUUGAUUUCGUUGCUAGAAGGUGUUUGCACCGUUACACCACUUCAUGCCGACGCGUUAACAUUUGUUAACGGCCAUCACAUCCAACAACCGACCAUUUUACACAAUGGAUCGGUUGUUAUGUUCGGCCGGGUGGCUUCCUACAAAUUCGUCGAUUCACCAUCGGAUGGGCGGUACAAUUUGGUAUUAUCACAAUCUCAACUGGAUUCAGCAUGCCUGUACGAAAGUCGCUCACCAACAUCCCCAUCGUGGCACGACGAUGAACCCUCGACUAUUGGAAAAGAAUCGUCCGACGAUCCAAAUAAAUCCGUUUCAACGGCAAGAGCGCUAGCAGCAAUGGCCACCGAUGAUUUACAAAAAUCACAAGAACUGGGAAAAGAACAAUCGCAACAAUUAUCGAUGCCAAUGAACGAUUAUGAUCCGGAUAACAAAUCAGAAACUGAAACAAAAUCACUGUCAAGCGUUAAAUCGAACGGAUCGAAUCCAGAUUUGAGAUCCAAGAAAGCAGCUAUGGAAAUGAGUGGGGCUGGUCAAGAGGCGAUUUUACCGGCCGUUCUAGAGUUUCCCGAAACACAUCAGGAAUCGUUUCUUCAUCAAAUUAUCGUCGAUUUGGAUGUGAAUAUGCCAAAUUUUAAACUGGCACCGGUCUACACGCUCUAUCUAUGCGCAAGAUAUCGUGCGUCAACGCACUACCGACCGGACUUGCAGCCAACGGAACGUGCACAUAAACUGACCGUAUUUUUGCAUCAUGUGGCCAAUCUCAUAUCGGGUGUGGUACAAGAACGCAAUCAAGAUCCACGCGUUCUUUCCUUCUGGAUGGCCAACAGUUCGGAAUUUUAUAAUUUUCUUAAAUGGGAUCGACACAUUUCUGCAUUCAGUGUUCAAGCGCAAGAAGUGCUAACGGAAAGCGUUCAAAUUGCAUUCAACAAUUUAGUGAAUUGCUUUCGCAUUGAAUUGUCACAGACGUUGAAUCAAUUCCUCUCGGAAAAUAUCGACCAUGAAUCAGCUGCCGGACUGGUGUUGACCGUUCUCAGCUCAGCCAUGGCACUUUUGCGUCGCAGUCGCGUCAAUGCCGCAUUGACCAUUCAACUAUUUUCGCAGCUAUUCCACUACAUCAAUGCGAUUUGUUUCAAUACAGUUGUGACAAAUCAACAAAUGUGUAUUGAAACCUGGGGAAAAGUGAUCAGAGAACGUCUCGAUAUACUCGAAUCAUGGGCUCACAAACAAGGAUUGGAACUAGCAGCCGAGUGCCAUUUAGCCAAAAUUAAUCAAUGUGCCGAUUUCUUACAGGCCACCAAAACUAGCGAAGAAGAUGUACAAAAAUUGGCAUGCUCUUGUUUCCGUUUGAACUCAUUACAAAUGGCAGCUUUGCUAUCGCAAGAGAAAAUACCGCGAAAUUUAAUCGAUACAGCCAUUAGAAUGGCCGAGUCCGUUGCCGACGAACUCACACGAGGCGAUGAUAGAGAGGUUCUCCUCGAAGAAUCGCUCGAAUUACCGCUGGCUCUUUUAAUUCCUGAAGAUGGAUUCAGUUCAGAUGUGGUGCGCGGUAUUCCAGCCGGCUUAGUCGAUUUCUUGAGCCCAUUACAAGCGGCAGGCAUGUGUCGACUUGCUGCUCAACCAACAAGUAUUGGCCUUUGGACCGUAUACAUGCAACAAUACAACCAAACGCGAUCAUCUAGUGUUAUGUCAACUAAACUACAACAACCCGAAGUGCAGGUCAUAAAACUGCACAAAAAUGCUAAUGGAAUGGGAUUGUCAAUUGUGGCAGCUAAAGGAGCCGGUCAAGAACGUUUGGGAAUUUAUAUCAAAUCCGUUGUGCCCGGCGGAGCGGCUGACGCUGACGAUCGCCUUGAAGCAGGUGAUCAACUUUUGAAAGUGGACGGUCAAAGUUUGAUUGGAAUAACACAAGAACGUGCCGCCGAUUAUCUCGUGCGCACCGGGCCAGUUGUAAUUCUUGAAGUGGCCAAAAAAGGAGCCAUUCACCAUGGUUUGGCUAUGCUUUUGCAGCAACCAAGCCCAAUCAUACAAAGAGAUAAUCGUCGAAUGUCAGAACGUGAUCCAAAAUCAAUGAUGGCGCAUGCACACCAAUUACCCAACAGUAAAUCAGUACCGGCUCUCCAUCACGUUGGCAACAGCGGUAUCGUCAAUAAUAAAUCUAGAAGUAUACACAAUUUAACUGGAAGUACAGAUCAAAGCUUUUAUCAAAAUCUAAGUGUUUACAGAGCGCAAAAUCAAAGUCAACCAAACUUGGGAGAUCGCUCUCAAAUCCCCUCUCAAUCGACAAUAAUUUCAACCACAAACUCUACAACGACACCAUCUAAUCAACAACUCUUAAGCCGUCCAGCUUCAGCCUAUUUCAACACCAAUAACAAAAGUAAUAAUACAUUGCCUUCGCAAAUGUCCGGCCAUUAUGUGCUACCAUCGAACAAUAAUAUCGCCGGAAAUAACCUACUCUCGAAUCAGUCACACACGAUGAACAAUCGACCAAUGAAUGCUUUUGUUCGCGACACGCAAAACCAACAGAGUUUACGAAUGAAUCCGAUGAUGGCACCAUCAAUGCCAAAUAUCGCACAUUCCAGCGGCUAUUCAACGAACAUGACCGCCAGUCAAAGUAUGCAAAAUGUCAAUAUGAUUCAUCCAAACUAUUAUGUGCAGCCGAUGCAACAGCAGCAGCAGCAGCAGCAGCAACAACAAUCGAACCCAAAUCAAAUGAUGAAUGCAACCUUUUCAAACGGCUACAACUCCGAUAUGCCGAAGAUCCAAGAGAAUACACAAACAUUGGAUAUGGCCGAAUUGGCGCGCAGACGCCAGCAACGCCAACAAGAUAUGGUACCAAUGUAUGCACUCGAUGUAAAUGUGCACAACUCCCAGAAUUCCAUGCCGAAUCUUUCGAGCGGCUCGAUGCUCUUGUCGCCCGGCGCCAAUCCAAAUGACAUGAUGAACAAUUUCCGAGCAAAUGCCACCUUGACCAAGGGACACUCAUCGCAAUCUGGCAUCAAUUAUAUGCCCAAACAACUUCCACCAACCGCACCGAAACCACAGAUGAAUCGGCCGCAACAUCAUAAAGAUGAUUUAUCUCCUCCAUUGCCGCCAUCGGCUACUCACCCUCUAUUCAAAACCGCUAACGAUCAGUCGAGAAUCACUAGUUCGCCGAAUAUGAGUUAUCAAUCGGCCUAUUAUCCAUCAUCGCAAGUAUUACCGAAGAGUUUCAUUGGAACGACAACGAUGAGUCCGUGGGAGCGAGAAGAGCGUGAAAAAGAGAAUGAAAUGCGUCGCGAACAGGCUCGCCAAUGGCGUGAACAUCAUAUCAUUGAGUUGUCGAAUUUGCCACAUCGUACGCCACAACAGGAGGAGCAGCUGAAAACCAUAAUUCUGGAACGUGAUUUCGAGCGAUUGGCCCAAGAGCAAGGCGACUUGGAAGAGGAUAAUGACACAAACUAUGGUAAAGAUAAUAUGCAAGAGGUGAUUCGGCUGGCGCAAAAUUCGAAUCAAUUGUCGACGCCAGUGACGAACAUGAAACAGGUGGAUGUAAAAACGAAUAUAGUUCCGCAGCCAUCGUAUGUCUCUACAAAUGCCAACAAUGACAGCAUGCAAGGAUUGAACGAUGGCUUACUGCAACAGCAUCCACAGUCGAGCAUGAGUCAAACGCAUUCCGCUCACGUUCAACCAAAGAGUAUUUUGAAACAUAAUAACGCUCGUGUCGAGCGAACCAGCAACAGUAAUCCAUCGUCGCCGUCAAAACAAGCAAAGUCCACGACAUUUGCCGAUGAUCGCCAGAAUGCCGAUGCGUCCGUAACGAGUGUGGUGCGAGAUUUGAACAGCAUGAGCUUUAACGAGUCAACAACCUCCACAUCCAGCUACCAAAUCAAAGAAAUGAGCGAAAUGAGCAUCGAUUCGCUGAACAAUACCUUGCACGGUCCACCGCCACCACCCGAACGAAAUUCAUCGUAUGUGGUGAUGUCACAGAAGCAACAAAGUUUGCGAAACAAUAACCUCACCACGACCAUUACAAAUCAAAGUGUAAAAAAGACAACCACAUCAUCAUCAUCAUCUACAUUAGGCAAUGAGCAGCCGUCGGCCUUUGGCCAAUUCAUGAUUUCGAAUAAAAAAACCAUCGCAAAUAACACUAACAACAACAACAGCAACAACACCACAAACAAUGUCCAUAACGAUAGCUUGAACAAUAAUAAUGAUAGCAACAAUAACAGUACGAACAAUGGCAAUAUUAGCAUUUCGGGCGUAAAUAACAGCAGCAAUACGAAUGCGAAUCAUAGUGUAUUAAGUAGCAAUAAUUUGGCGUCACCGAUGCAAACCACAGUAACGAAUGCAUCUCUUGCUUCGAUGAUGGCAGCUCGCGACAACAAACGCGUAUCAUUCCAUGACGAAGAAAACAAUCUGAUCAUGGGACAGACGAGUGGCGAUCAAGCCGAUCUGAGCAUUUUACGGGAAGAUCCAAACCGAUUUAUUCAAGAAACCUCAGCCAUGCUUCAGACUCCAACAACACCUGAGGGCGAAUCAUGGAACACAACUGUACAACAAACCCCUGGCGUAAUAGGCGCCCAAGAAGUUUACAGAGAUCCACGAACGCGCCGACUGCAAGAAAAGCAACAGCAACAGCAGCAAAAGUCUGGCGAUGGUGUGCCAGAGAAGUUGUCGUUUAAAGAAAAAAUGAAAAUGUUUGCACUGGAAUCGGGUGAAAACCAAACGCCAAAGGACAAAUUGAAAAUAUCCCGUGCUCAAAGAGAUAUUGAUGCCGUACAUUAGACGCGUGAAUUAUUCCGGUGCGAAAGCUAGUAUUUUUGUUUCUGUUCUGACAAAUAUAAAGAUUUUUUUUAAAAUUACGCAUGAUAGAUUGUAACAAUAUGACGAAGAAAAUGAAUUCAAUGUGUCUCGAUUAUCAUCAUGUUCGACAUAAAUUCCUCUCCAAACCCUUCUCGAAUGGACCAUUUAUUGCAAAUAAUAUUUUUUUAGUCUUACACUUUCCAUUCAAUAAAAUUUAUAUAUAUAAAAUAUUAUAGAGCAAAGUGAAUUGUAGCAUACAAACAAAUUAUGAAAGGUGACCUUUGAAUGAAGCAACAGAAGGAAAAAAAUUAGAAACGAAAUACAAAAUGAAUGAAUAAAAUAAAAAUUAUUAUCAUAAUAUGGAAA